CAGACUCGAGCCUCUUCGGUCUUUUCCGCCGCGGGUCGCUCGCGUGGGUCAUGCGGCUGCUCGCGCGGACUCUCCUCGCGGGGCAAGGGCUGCGCGCGGCCCCGCCUCCGGCCAGGAGCUGCCGCGGGGCCGCCGCCGGGGCCUGUCUGGGCUGGGGACGUGCCGCGCAGCCGCCGCGGCGCCCGCUGAGCUCCUGGCCUGGCCUGGAGACGCUGUUCGCCGCGCCCGGGCUGCGCCGCUUCCUGGAGGAGCAGGCGCGGGGCCGAGCCGGCCCCGAGCUGGGAGCGCGGAUCCAGCGGCUGUGGGCCAAGGAGCAGGAGUUGCGGGACACGCAAGAGCUGGCACGAGGAGGUGAGCAUGAAGAUUUGCAGAAGCUUGCAGAAGAAGAAAUAGUUUCCUGUCAGGAAGAGAUAACUGAAUUGAAGCGCCAGAUAGUAUUGCAUUUGAUUCCUUCAGAAGAAACAGACAAGAGUGAUUUGGUCAUGGAAGUAACUGCUGGCGUUGGUGGACAGGAAGCCAUGCUGUUCACUGCAGAGAUAUUUGAUACGUAUCAACAAUAUGCUGCAUAUAAAAACUGGAGAUUUGAAAUACUGGAAUAUUUUCCGAGUGAAAUAGGUGGCCUGAGACAUGCAGCUGCCAGUAUAGCAGGUCUUGAAGCAUACAAGCACAUGAAGUUUGAAGGAGGAGUGCAUCGUGUUCAGCGAGUGCCAAAGACAGAAAAGCAAGGCCGUGUUCACACCAGUACAAUGACUAUCGCAAUAUUACCCCAACCCAUGGAGAUCAAUCUGAUAAUUAAUCCCAAAGAUUUACAAAUUGAAACUAAGCGAGCCAGUGGAGCUGGGGGCCAGCAUGUAAAUACAACUGACAGCGCUGUACGGAUAGUUCAUAUUCCAACAGGUGUAGUGUCUGAAUGUCAACAAGAGAGAUCUCAAAUCAGAAAUAAAGAGAAGGCUAUGCAAAUGCUUCGUGCUAAACUAUACAGCAUCAAACUAGAAGAAGAGACAAGAAAGAGAUACAAUGCCAGAAAGAUUCAGAUUGGGACCAAAGGAAGAUCUGAGAAGAUCAGAACAUACAACUUUCCACAGAAUCGUGUUACUGACCACAGGAUAAACAGAACUGUGCAUCAUAUUGAAAGUUUUAUGUUAGGGGAAGAACUGUUAGAUGAAAUGAUAACAUCCCUGAUGGAAUGUGCUGAUUAUGAAACUUUAAUGGAAAUUAUUUCAGAAAAUGUAAAAACAAAUCUGACCUGAACUUUGUUCUUUGCUAAGACCUGUAAUGACAGAUAUGGCUACCCUGGCACAAAUUAGCUGCAUGACUGUUUGCUGGAGCAUCACACAGGAGGUGUAAACUGCAUUUCAGAUCAUCAAAAAGAACUAAUUUAUCUCCUCAUGACUGCUAAACAGUUUUUUUUCCUACUUGCUGGAGUAGAAGACUGUUGACUUUUGUAUGAGAUGACUACAGUGUAGAAAAUCUAAAGUAAAUAUGAUUGAGUUUGAA